AUGGUUUCAUUGGGAGGUGUAUAUAGUGUUGCUUAUGUGUUCUUGUUUGGUCUGACUUUGGUUUUGGCUGGUGAUAUAGUUCAUCAUGAUGAUGUUGCUCCAACAAGGCCUGGCUGUGAGAACAACUUUGUUCUGGUCAAAGUUCCAACUUGGAUCGAUGGUGUGGAAAACGAUGAGUAUGUUGGUGUCGGUGCAAGAUUUGGUCCUACAUUAGAAUCAAAAGAAAAAUAUGCCACUCAUACUAGAGUUGUCAUGGCUGAUCCUCCCGAUUGUUGUAGCAAGCCUAAGAAUAAGCUCACCAGUGAGAUCAUAUUGGUGCACCGAGGAAAAUGUAGCUUCACAACCAAGGCAAAUAUAGCUGAUGAAGCCGGUGCUUCGGCCAUUCUCAUUAUAAACAAUCGUACAGAACUUUUCAAGAUGGUUUGUGAGGUAAAUGAAACUGAUGUUGAUAUUGGAAUUCCUGCUGUUAUGCUUCCACAAGAUGCUGGAUUAAACUUGGAAAAACACAUACAGAAUAAAUCCAUAGUUGCCAUACAGUUAUACUCUCCACUGCGUCCGUUGGUUGAUGUUGCGGAAGUGUUUCUAUGGCUCAUGGUUGUCGGUACCAUUUUAUGUGCUUGUUAUUGGUCUGCUUGGACGGCAAGAGAAGCUGUUAUUGAGCAAGACAAGCUUUUAAAGGAUGCCUCAGAAGAAUAUGUUGCAGAAAGUGUUGGUUCUCGUGGUUACGUGGAAAUCAGUACUACAGCAACGAUUUUAUUCGCCGUGGUUGCUUCUUGUUUCUUGGUUAUGUUGUACAAAUUAAUGUCAUUCUGGUUUGUUGAAGUUCUAGUGGUUUUAUUUUGCAUUGGUGGGAUAGAGGGUCUGCAAACUUGUUUGGUGGCUCUAUUGUCAUGUUUCAGAUGGUUUCAACAUCCUGCACAAACAUAUGUGAAGAUACCGUUCUUUGGAGCUGUUCCAUAUCUGACACUUGCUAUUACUCCCUUCUGCAUAGUGUUUGCGGUUGUUUGGGCAGUUAAACGCCAUGCGUCAUAUGCGUGGAUUGGUCAAGAUAUUCUUGGCAUCAGUUGUGAGUUUAAGGCUUAUCAUGGUCUUGCCCACUCCAUAAACAACAAGGAGCAGAAGGAGUCACCGGGAUUUAGAUUUGUCAAGGAGUGUUUUGCAGGCAAUGAGACGCAUGGAAGCCUCACUAUCUAUUGUCAGCCGUGCUUCCUCAGACUGCUCUAUGGUUUCUAA